AUGGCGGGGCAGCGCCCGGGCGCCUUCCCGCUGCUGGUGCGCGGGGACUGGGGCUCCGCCGAGCCGCCGCCCGCCCUGAAGAAGAAGCUGCUCUGCUACUUCCAAAGCCAGAAGCGCUCGGGAGGCGGCGAGUGCGAGCUGCGGACCGGGACCGACGCCGAGACCGGGACCGGGCACCUCCUCGUCUGCUUCGCCUGCCCCGAGGUGAGGCAGCGGGUGCUGGACCGGCGAGUCCACGAGCUCGAGUGGGGGCCCGGCGGGCGGCUGUCGCUGCAGGUCACCGCGCUGCCCGCAGGCGGCGGCUCCGCGCAGGAGGAGGGACGGGUCGGCGGGGCCGAGGCGCCAGUUAAUGAACCCCAGGUGUCUCUUCCCAUCUGCCAGAGUAAGGAGACUCCUGUGUGUACUCUGCAGGAGAAGGCAGACCUUCCCAGAUGCUCCCAGCCCUGCUGGGGCAACCUCUACCAGAACAUCAGUAGCUUUGUACCCCAGGUACACCUGAGCUGCUGUGGCAGCCAGCGCAUGUAG